AUGUCCAUCUACGACAUGUUGGUGGAUGAAUCUGCUGACUUGGUGGAUGGUGAUGGGCCUCCCAAGAUUGUUUGGGGGAAUUUUGAGCUUCAUGCCCUGGAAGAGAGGUUCAGUGUAUUUCAUGAGUUUAUGGUGAUCAUGGACCUGCCUCAAGUAAUCCCAGUGCCAACAGACGAAGCUGGUGUUUUGGAUUCCGAUGGAGAGCAAGAAGAGAAACCUCUGGCUGAGGAAAAGACUCAGGGGACACUUAAGCAGAUGUGUUCUUGUCCUCCUCAAGGUGUCAUUGCCCAAGUAAUAACAAAUGUGGCAAUUGCAGCACUGGUCUGGGGCCUGACUUGGGUUCUUACAGGCAAAGGUAGUCUGCCUAAUGGAGAGAUCUUUGGAAUUGUAGCCCUUUAUUUUUCUUCAGUACUUGGUGGCAAAAUUAUGCAACUAAUUAAAAUACCAGGACUGCCUCCUCUCCCUCGCCUUCUUGGUAUGUUGCUUGCUGGAUUUCUCAUCAGAAAUAUUAAAUUCGUGAGUCAGUAUAUCCGAAUCAAAGUGGAGUGGGGAACUAUAUUGAGAAAUAUUGCCCUCUCGAUUAUUUUGGCUCUUGCUGGUCUUGGUCUUGACCCAAAGGCUCUGAGUAAAUUAAAAGGUAUCUGUUUCAGACUAAGCAUGGGACCCUGCAUCACUGAAGCAUGUUCAACAGCAGUCAUAUCUCACUUUCUUUUGGACUUCCCAUGGGAAUGGGGGUUUAUGUUAGGAUUUGUUCUAGGUGCUGUAUCUCCAGCUGUUGUAGUCCUUUCCAUGCUGAUGUUACAGAAACAAGGUUAUGGUGUAGACCAAGGAAUUCCAACUUUGCUAAUAGCUGCUUCCAGUAUGGACGACAUUGUAGCCAUCACAGGCUUUAACACUUUCUUGGGCAUGGCUUUUUCCACAGGUUCCACCCUUCGUUCCGUCUUCCAUGGUCUGGCGGAAGUUGUUAUCGGUGCAGGUGCUGGUUGCCUUUUAGGAUUUUUUGUUUGGUACUUUCCAAGCAAGGAUCAGACAGCCAUUGUAUGGAAAAGAACCUUCUUUGUGCUUGGCUUGGCUGCAUUUUCUCUUUUGAGCAGCAAAUAUUCUGAUCUUCCAGGAUCUGGAGGACUCUGCGUCAUUGUUUUGGCAUUUCUGGCUGGGAUUGCAUGGUCUGAUGAGAAGAAAGCAGUGGAAGAAAUUGUUACUUUUGCAUGGCACGUGUUCCAGCCAUUUCUGUUUGGUUUGAUUGGAGCUGAAAUCUCAGUUUCUUCUCUUGGAGCUAAAACUCUUGGGCUUUGUUUGGCUACAAUGUCUUUGGCUUUAACGAUUCGAGUUAUGAUUACAUUUGUCUUGGUUUCUGCCGCUGGCUUUGCUUUCAAGGAAAAAAUAUUUAUUGCGCUGGCAUGGAUCCCCAAAGCAACUGUCCAGGCUGCAAUUGGUUCUGUUGCCUUAGAUACAGCACAACAGUCUAAAAUGGAAAAGCUAGAAGAAUAUGGCCUGUAUAUCGUGACAAUGGCUUUCCUAGCAAUCUUGAUCACAGCUCCAGCUGGAACUUUGAUAAUUGGCCUGCUCGGGCCCAAACUUCUCCAAAAGAGUACCAAAGUUAGUGAAGGUAGCCUACCAAAAGUUCAUUCACCAGUAUAGAAAAUUAACACUGAAUGCUCUGUCACCCACUUGGCAAUCCAGGAAGCCCCACAGCAAUAUGCAGAAAUCUGAAAAGCUGUAUAACGCUUUGGAGGUCUUCCUAAAACAGAAACCCAGGGAGAAAAAGGAUACUGUUACCUAAAAUCAGCAUUCAAGAGUUACAUCAACUAGAUAUAGGGAGAUUUUGGAGGAAAGCCACCACAAUUAAAAUGGAAAACUUAGCCAUUCCAGUGAUACUGGUGUAGUUUAGUCUGAUUUAGGAAUAGCACAGAAGAGAAUGCAUUUCAGAAUAGCUCUUUGAAGAACUUGAGAGCCUUGGAGAAGAUACCUGCAAAAUCAUCAGAAGUUUUAAAAAAACCAAUACACAUGAAGAGUGAGAUCAUGCAAUACGUAACAGAGGGCAC